AAAGGGCUCAAUAAAACUGUGCUCCGCCACAAAAGACUCGCCCGUCUUGCCUCAGUUGCCCUCCGAUUGCGUUGGUGAGGUGCACAAACUCACAUCUUUAGUGGAACGUCUUCAGCAGAAAGUGUGGAGCAAUCCAAGUAGAAUUGGACGCGUAUUGGAUCCGCAGAAGAACCGAAGGGAGAAUCUAGACCCCGGGAAGCCGGUGGGCGAUGGGGGCCGCACCGGGCUCCGGCUGGGAGGAGGGCGAGUUCGAGUUCAAGUUGGUGUUUGAGGAGGACCAGAACCAGGGGCCCGACCCGGUGAGCGCAGCCCAGCCGGAGAGCUCCUCACCCGGCGAGGAGAGCGAGAGCGCGCCGCUGCUUCAAGACUCGAGCGGCAUGGUGACGGAGAACCACGUCAGCGCAGGUCACUCUAUCAGCAUCCCCACCCCGCCGUCGCCAGCCAGCCAGAGGGCAGGGAUGCACUCACCACCUCCGCGGAGAGCUCUGGUGAGGGAGUUCAGCGGCACGUAUGAGAGUCUUCCAGCACGCUCCGUUCAGGUCUCAGAGUCUCGGGUGGUUGAAUGUCCAAGCAUCCAGAUCACCACCAUAUCGCCAGAGGACGACCCGGGUUCCACGGCCCCCAGUUACUGGGACAUGGGAGGAGGAGGUCGCUGGGAACGUGAGCGUCUCUUCCUGCCCCUGCUGGACCCAUUCUGUUACAGAGACCGCUGCCCCGGCUCACUCAGCCCCAGUCCCGCCUCCAGUCCAUCGUCCCGGGGCUGGCUGAGUCCUGCCUCCAGCUGCGACUCUCUGCUGGUGGAGGAGGAGGAGCUCAGCGAAACCAACGUCCACUAUGGGCUCUCGCCGUCCUCCAGGCCGACCUCACCAGGAGGGAAGAAGCGUCGCAACACGCCGCUCUCCUCCCCUUGCGCCUCCAGGAGGGGGAGCUCUUCUGAGGAACAUCAGGGCUUCAAUCAGGAAGGGUGUGAUUCCAACCCCUCGUCACAGGCGCUGCCCACCAGCUGCGACCUCAACAUCCCGCAGAAAACAAGAAAGACGUCUUUGGAGCAGCUGUCCUCCAGGGAAGUGGAUCCAGAGCAAGCUCCUGGACACGGUGCCCCAUGUCUGCUACCCGAGACCCUGCAGACCCGGAGAGAGCCCCCUUCCACAGGCAUGGACUACCUCUCAGUUCCCCCGGCUCUCGCCUGGGGCCGGACCAGAGCCACCGCCCACAGUCCCCUCUUCAGGUCCAAUGCUCUGCCGCCGCUCGACUGGCCGCUGCCCUCCCAGUUCGACCAGUACGAGCUGCGCAUGGAGGUGCAGCCGCGUCCUCACCACCGAGCCCACUAUGAGACCGAGGGGAGCAGGGGGGCGGUGAAGGCUGCUCCCUCUGGCCACCCGGUGGUGAAGCUCUGUGGCUACACGGAGAGGAAGCCGCUGUCCCUGCAGGUCUUCGUCGGUACUGCAGACGAUCGCUCCAUCCGACCGCAUCCGUUCUACCAGAUACACAGAGUGACAGGCAAGAUGGUGGGUACCGCCAGUCAUGAGAGCGUCCAGGCCGGAACCAAGCUGCUCGACAUCCCGCUGAACCCCGAGAACAACAUGACGGCGCUCAUCGACUGCGCUGGCAUUCUGAAGCUGAGGAAUUCCGACAUUGAGCUGAGGAAAGGCGAGACGGACGUGGGGAGGAAGAACACUCGCGUCCGUCUGGUCUUCCGAACUCACCUGCACCUGACGCACCCGGCUGCCCCGCCCGGACGGGUGUUGGCGCUCCAAGUGGCCUCGCUGCCCAUCGAGUGCUCUCAGCGUUCUGCCCAGGAACUUCCCAUCAUCGAGUCAGUCAGCAUCACUUCCUGUUCAGUGGAGGGAGGGGAGGAGCUUCUGCUGAGUGGAAACAACUUCCUGCCAAUAUCCCGGGUGUUGUUCAUGGAGCGCGGGACAGAUGGGAAGCUGCAGUGGGAGGAGGAGGCUCACGUCGACCGUGACAACAGUAAUGAGUGUUUGCUGUGUGUUCGGGUGCCGGCCUACAGCGACCUCUCAGUCAGCCGCCCGGUGUCUGUUAGCCUGUACGUUUCCAAUGGGAAGAGGAAACGGAGCAGCACUCACUGCUUCAAAUACCUGCCGAUCAUGUUCAAGGAGGAGGACCCGCUGUUGUCCCGGCUGCAGGUCCCACCUCUGGACGGUGGUCAUGGGGGUCAGUCCAGAAUGGACCGGGUCUUCCCGAUGACCGAGGAGCAGGGCCUGGGCUUCCACCUGCCCCCCUACCCCACCACCUACUCCCCUCCGUGCCCGGCCAUUAGCUACCAGGACGAAGAGGACCCGGGCAGGUCCUCCAUGUCUGAGCGACACCCCAGCUUUGAGAACCUGGAGCUGGGCUUUACCGAGCUGCUGCCCCCUCUGUACCACCGUGGCCAGCAACCCUCCUCACCCUCUCCAUCUCCAUGGCUGGACUCUCCCUACCUCUCCUCCUCCCCCUCCCCGUCGCACUCCUCCUCUCUCAGUCCGUUCCCAGCCGGCAGCCCCAUCUCCACCUCCCCUCUGCCUCCCAUCCCCACCUCUCCUUACCCCCAGUACUCUACCUAUCCUCAGGAAAUGUGUCCCUCCCCUCCCCUACAGCCCAGCUCCUACCAGGACAUGUGUCCCACACCCUACUCCCACUACGACGUCUGGGAUCAACAAGGGAAGGCGCUUGGUCUUGGUGGCGAGACCAAGUCUCAGGAGUGCCCCCUGGAGUUCAGCAGCUCCACAUCAAUGCACCACAUCACAUUUGAAGAGGUGUCGGAGUUCAUCGGAGAGGACAUCCAGUCGUACCAGCCCAGCUCGCACAUCAACAACCAGCCGAACUGAGCAGCUUUUGACAAUCCUCCACUGUGCACUUACUCCUUUGCUACCGGAGAUUAACCUGAUGAGUUUUUAUAAAGGGAACUUAAGUUGUUUUCAAUAUAAAUUAUACAUGAACCCUUCUUUGUCUUCAGUCUGACUCUUUGAGGAGCAACUUCUGUUGCUGACAUGAGCUCAAGGAGCUAGUGCUAUGUAGCCCCAUCCAUUCUCUCUGCAAUAGCAUCACAGUGUUGUCCACAUGAGUGGGAGGAGAGUUUGGGACAGUAUGACAAGGGUGUCUCGCUGGAUGCUGGACCAAUGGUGGCGCUGUAAGUACCGCACUGUCUCAGCUGUCAGAAGUUCUUGGGGUCGUAGCAGUGCAGCUGCAACUGGUGAUGACGUCACAUUAUGAUAUGUGUAUUUUGUAAUCUGCAGUUAAACACAA